CCCCCCCCCCCCCCCCCUGCUGUCCCCUCUCUGGGGCCCAUUGAGCCCCUGAGUCAGACCGCCCCUGGUUGAAAUCCCCCCCGCCGCCCGCCACCAUGCUGUUCUCCCUGAGGGAACUGGUCCAGUGGCUGGGCUUCGCCACCUUCGAACUCUUCCUCCACCUGUUGGCUCUGCUCGUCUUCAGCAUGCUGGUGGCCCUGCGAGCCGACAUGUUCACGCCCACGCUGAGCUGGUGGCUGGUCUUCGUCCCGCUGUUUGCCGCCGACGGCCUCAGCACCUACUUCACGGCCAUCGUGUCCAUCCGGCUGUACCAGGAGAACGAGAAGCGCCUGGCGGUGCUGCGGCUGCUGUGGGUGCUGACCGUGCUCAGCCUGAAACUGGUGUGCGAGGUGCUGCUGUGUCAGAAGCUGGCCGAGCAGGAGCAAGCCAGAGACCUGUGGUUCGGCCUCAUCGUCUCUCCGCUGUUCAUCCUGCUGCAGCUGCUCAUGAUCCGAGCGUGCCGCGUCAACUGAGGAGCGGCCGCUCGUGGUCGUGCGGUCCUGUCACCGGUCAGAGAGCAGUCCUCGUCUGCCUUUUGAGAUUUGAAUAACAGUGGUGUGAUUCUACCUUUUGGUUUAUCGGCACCUUAAAAACACGGCAACACUUUUAUUGUUUUCCACAUACAUGUUCCAGGUCACACCAGAAUUGUCAUCUGUGUUUCCAACAGCGAUAAAGUCCAUGAUGCUUACUUAACUUUAAAUUGUUGUAUUUUUAAAGCAGGAGCAGAGGAUCUAUUAGCUUCCUCCUGAAAGCGCUGUGUGGCCGAAAGUAUGUGGCCACCUUGUCUAUAAGCGUAGUGCACAUCUGAACCAGGGCAGAUUUUUCUUGUUUGGACCCCGUAGUUCCAAUGAAAGGAAAUCCAAGUAUCCCAGAACACUGUGAUCUUUUUGGACAAUAAUGCCCUUCCAGCUUUGUAACUAACGUUUUGACUUCACAAUGGUCCAGUGCACAAAGUCAGGUCCAAGUAGAAAUCUGUGUUCUGUUGUCUGGUGUGGAAGAACCUGAUUGCUUCACAGAAUCCUCCUUGAAUUACUGAAAUCAUCCCCUGAAAGCAGAAGAGUGAAGGCUCUCAUGUUCUGCCUAUGGUUUUAAAAUGAGAACAUGUAAGAAUAACAAAAUGACCACAUACUUUUGGCCCUGUAGUGCAGACAUAAACAAAAUGGUAUCCAUCUCUACACUGAAUGGAAGGAGACUGAAAGUAGACAUUGUUUAUCUCAAUGUUUCUGAGCCCCUUUUCCGUCAGGAUGGUUUGUGACUUGAGUUGUUGGAACACAAAGAUUUGGAGAAGAUGUCAGAGCAGUAACGGUGCAUUGGGACUAUGGUAGUACCUGAACCAUGACUGUGGUGCAGUCAAAGGUGGACACUGAGCCAUGAGUGAAAUUUAUACCAGAUGGCCGAUUUUAUGUAGUAAUGCAGAUGUGCACAGACCACAAAUUCAAUAAACGGAAGAAACCUCACGGCAGUACUGACACGGGCAUUGGGGCAACUUCUAGUGGGUCGAAGAGCUGCUGCAGCAUUAGUGAUUUGUCCCUAGAGGAAACAGGUGACUGAGACGUGGUCGGAUUUAUUAUCUCACGUCUCGCUCUGUUGCCCGUCACAGGAAGCGCUACUCAUGCUUUGUGCUCCCUCAUUGCCUCGUUGUCCGCUCCAUCAAGACAAGACCCCGAUGUAGAGGAACUGAAUGAGAUCUCCACUAGCAGUCAGCUGUGAGCACACAUCUUCCCUGGAUAUCGGUUUAUUUUGUACAAUAUGUGAAGUUUUCACUGUGUGUGUGUGUGUGUGUACUGCUCAUAUUUUGUAUUAUAUUAUGUAUUUGUGCCUCGUUUUAAAGGUUCAGUGUGUAGAGCUUAGAGACAUCUAGUGGUGAAGUUGCAUGUUGCAGCUGAAUACCCCUCAUUUCACCCUCCCCUUCCAAAUCAUGAAAGAGAACCUGUGGAAGCCUUGAGGUGUCAUAAAAAACUCAAAAGGUUUAGUUUGUCCAUUCUGGGCUACUGUAAAUAAACAUGGUGGCCUCCGUAGAGAGGACCCAUAAUGUGUUUAAAUAUAAAAGCCCAUCCGAGGGUAAAGAAAACAUUUAAGAUGAAACCUACUAGUAGAAACAUCACUAGUAUUAUUUUAUAGUCAAUUUCUACCAAUAGAUCCUUUCACCUAAAUCUUCCACACUGAACCGUUAUUGUGUAUUAUGUAAAUGUAGAUUCUUCUUUUUGAAUGAAGUCACCAUAUCUUUUAUUUAUGUUAUGGCAUCGAUGUUGUCCAACUGUAUAUAUACAUGUAAAUAAAUCAUCAACAUUUUA